CUUUCAGAGAGAGAGAGAGAGAGAUGCCUCAAGCUUAGUCUUUUGGCCUCUCUUUCUUUAUGUUCUUCUCUGUUCUAUGAUGUAAACAAGAUCUGAAAAACUAUUCUUUGGUGGAUAAAAAUGGCUUUGAAUUAUCAAGACUCAACAUUUAUUUCUCUUUAUUGUUCAGAAGAUAAUUGGGAGGAAGAAGUCAGAGAAGACUACUUUGUAGAAGUAGAAGAAGAAAGUUGUUAUAAUAAUGGGAUUAAUAAAUCAAACCCUUUUCCAAUCUUGUUAGAACAAGACUUAUUCUGGGGAGAUGAUGAAUUGUCUUCUUUGCUCUUAAAGGAAGAGAAAAAUCAACUUUACGAUAGUCUUCAAACCAAUGCGAAUCUAGCAGGGGUUCGCCAUGAAGCUGUGGUAUGGAUGUUAAAAGUCAAUGCUCACUAUUCCUUCUCUGCUCUCACUGCGGUUCUUGCUGUCAACUAUCUUGAUAGAUUCUUGUUUAGCUUCGGGUUCCAAGGUGAGAAGCCAUGGAUGACUCAACUAGUUGCUGUAGCUUGUCUUUCUCUUGCAGCCAAAGUGGAAGAAACCCAAGUGCCUCUCCUACUGGACUUACAAGUGGAGGAGAGCAGGUAUGUGUUUGAGGCCAAAACUAUCCAAAGCAUGGAGAUUUUGGUACUCUCCACCCUUCAAUGGAAGAUGAAUCCUGUAACCCCACUUUCAUUUCUUGAUUACAUUGCAAGGAGGCUUGGACUAAAGGACCAUCUUUGUUGUGAAUUUCUUAGGAGAUGUGACCGCUUUCUGUUCUCUGUCAUUUCAGAUUCUAGGUUUAUGUGCUUCCUUCCUUCCAUAACGGCCACCGCUACAAUGCUGCACGUUUUGGAUAGUGUAGAACCUAAUCUUAGAGUAGAAUACCAAAACCAGCUUUUAGGCAUCCUGGGAAUUGACAAGGACAAGGUAGAUGAAUGCUGUAAGUUGAUAACAGAAUUGGCAACAACAAGAGUUGAAGGCAACCAAUCAAAGAAGCGCCGGUUUAGCUCCAUUCCAGGAAGCCCAAAUGACGUAAUGGAUGCGUCUUUUAGUUCUGAUAGCGUAAACGAUUUCUGGCCAGUUGCAUCAUCUCUUUCUUCCUCACCUGAGCCACUAUCCAAGAAGAACAGAACUCAACAAGACCAGCUUCUGCAAAGGCUAAACCAUUCUCCUUCGGACUUUCUCAGCAUUCCUCGCUAAAUUCCCUUUUCAAUUCCUCUAUUUGUCUUUGUAAUAAUAUUGCUUUUCUUUUUUAUGAUGAAAGUUAAAUUGCUUACCAUCUUCGCAUUUUCCAACCAAGACCCCAACUUAGACGGAUCUUCAGUUUCUGAUUCUUAAUCGUCUCUUUAGGUUGAUUGGUGUGGAAAUUUGGAAGCAGAGAUGGUUUGCAUUUUAUCCGGAAAAAGUAAAAAACAAAUAUGAACAUAGCAAUGCAGAGUCCUUGCAUUAAUGAUUUGGCCUUUUUGUUUUAUGAACAUAAUGUUAAUUUCUGUAGUUCAUUAUAAAUUUUUUAAAAAAUCAC